CCUGCAGGUCAUCCAGUUUGCUGUAGCCAGGCACCAGACUGAGCCUGAGCACGGAGCUGCUGCGGCUGCUCCUCUGGGAUGGCAAGCAGCUCAUCAGGACGCACAUCUGCAUGGCAGCUGGCAGGGCAACCGAAAGGAGUCUAACCUUGCCCUUGGCGCAACAUCCAUCAUGCACAGGUUAAAUACGUUAAUGUAAAGCUCAGCUCCGAUUGGACAGAGGAUGGCAGGAGGAAUGAGAAAGGUUCCGUGCAGAGGGAAAGGAUUGCAUGUGGGACUGUUUGUGGUUGUUUUGUUACUUGGAACUGAUGUGAGCUUAAAAGGCCGGGCAGGGGUCAGUGCACAGAACAACGAGAGGCGACGCCUGGCUCACCUUCCAGGAGACAUCAUCAUAGGGGCCCUGUUCUCUGUCCACCACCAGCCACCUGCAGAUAAAGUGCAUGAGAGGAAGUGUGGAGCCGUGCGUGAGCAGUAUGGAAUCCAGAGGGUGGAGGCCAUGAUGCACACUCUGGAUAGGAUAAAUGCUGACCCAAGUAUUCUUCCUAACAUUAGCCUGGGCUGUGAGAUAAGGGACUCCUGCUGGCACUCGGCGGUGGCCCUGGAGCAGAGCAUCGAGUUUAUUCGGGACACGCUGGUGUCCAGCGACGARGAGGAGAGCCAGGCCAGAUGUGCUGCAGAGGCAGGGAGUUUGCUUGUUCAGGGAAAGAAGCCUAUCGUGGGACUGAUUGGACCAGGAUCCAGCUCUGUGGCCAUCCAGGUUCAAAACCUCUUGCAGCUCUUCAACAUCCCACAGAUAGCUUACUCAGCCACCAGCAUGGAUCUCAGUGACAAGAGCCUCUAUAAGUACUUCAUGAGGGUGGUGCCAUCAGAUAUGCAGCAGGCUAGAGCCAUGGUGGACAUUGUGAAGAGGUACAACUGGAGCUAUGUGUCUGCAAUACACACUGAGGGUAACUACGGUGAGAGCGGRAUGGAGGCGUUCAAAGACAUGGCGGCAAAAGAGGGAAUCUGCAUCGCUCACUCUGAUAAAAUAUACAGCAACGCAGGCGAGCAGAGCUUCGACAAACUCUUACAGAAACUCAGGGGCCACCUGCCCAAAGCCAGAGUGGUGGCCUGUUUCUGCGAGGGCAUGACCGUCCGAGGCAUCCUGAAGGCGAUGAGACGACAGCGCCUGGUGGGGGAGUUCCUGCUGGUUGGGAGUGAUGGCUGGGCGGACAGGUAUGACGURACCGAUGGCUAUCAGAGGGAGGCAGCUGGUGGAAUCACUAUAAAGCUAAAGUCAGCUUAUGUGACCUGGUUUGAUGAUUAUUACCUGAAGCUGACGCCCGAUUCCAACYUGAGGAACCCUUGGUUUCCUGAGUUCUGGCAGCACCGUUUCCAGUGCAGGUUGAGGGGUCAUCCGCAGGAGAACACAAAGUACAACCGCACUUGCACAUGGAGAGAGUCUCUGCGCCAUCAAUAUGCUCAAGACACCAAAAUGGGUUUUGUUAUAAAUGCCAUUUAUUCCAUGGCUUAUGGUCUACACGCCAUGCAGCAAGUUCUCUGUCCAGGAUUYAAGGGUUUAUGUCAAARCAUGCGACCCAUUGAUGGCCGCAAGCUGCUGGAUUUCUUAAUGAGAACCAACUUCACAGGCGUGUCUGGAGAGAAAAUCCACUUUGACCAGAAUGGAGACUCACCUGGCAGGUAUGAAAUAAUGAACUUCAAGCAGACUGGCGAGGACCACUUYGCUUACAUCCACGUGGGAAGCUGGGAUCAGGGCGGCUUGAAGAUGAACGACGAGGAAAUCUGGACCAACAACAGUGACGUGAUCCAGUCAGUUUGCUCGGAGCCMUGCAAAAAGGCACAGAUCAAGGUGAUCCGCAAGGGAGAGGUGAGCUGCUGUUGGACUUGUACUCCCUGCAAAGAGAAUGAGUUCGUGUUUGACGAGUACACUUGUCGCGCUUGUAUCCUGGGUUCCUGGCCCACAUACGACCUCACUGGUUGUGAACCCAUCCCAGUGCAGUAUGUGCGUUGGGGGGAUCCAGAGCCAAUCGCCGCUGUAGUCUUUGCCUGUCUGGGYCUCCUGGCAACGCUUUUUGUCACUUCUGUCUUCAUCAAAUUUUGGGACACUCCUGUGGURAAGUCGUCCAGUCGAGAGCUCUGCUACAUCAUUCUGGCUGGAAUAUGCYUGGGAUACUUGUGCACUUUCAGCCUCAUUGCCAAGCCACACAUCAUCUACUGCUACUUACAACGGCUGGGAAUUGGUCUGUCCCCCGCCAUGAGCUACUCUGCUCUGGUCACCAAGACCAACCGUAUAGCACGCAUCUUGGCUGGCAGCAAAAAGAAGAUCUGCACCAAGAAACCUCGCUUUAUGUCUGCCUGUGCGCAGCUGGUCAUCGCCUUCCUGCUCAUCCUGCUGCAGCUAGGAAUCAUUGUGGCACUUCUUAUCAUAGAGCCACCAGAGGUGAUCCAUGACUAUCCCAGUAUCCGUGAAGUACAUUUAAUCUGCAAUCUGACCACUUUGGGGGUGGUGGCACCACUGGGCUAUAACGGCCUGCUAAUUCUCAGCUGCACCUUUUAUGCCUUCAAGACUCGUAAUGUACCAGCUAAUUUUAACGAGGCCAAGUAUAUUGCCUUCACCAUGUACACCACCUGCAUAAUCUGGCUGGCCUUUGUUCCCAUUUACUUUGGCUCAAAUUAUAAAAUCAUAACCAUGUGCUUUAGUGUCAGCCUCAGUGCCACGGUGGCUCUCUGCUGCAUGUUUGUCCCCAAGGUGUACAUUAUGCUCGCCAAGCCUGAGAAAAACGUGCGCAGUGCUUUCACCACGUCCACAGUCGUGCGCAUGCAUGUAGGCGACGCCAAGAAAGCUGCCAAGACUGGCAAAUCUUCCAGCAGCAUGGCCAACUUGUUUCGACGCCGUGGCUCRGCUCAGGACAACAUAAGUUCCAACGGAAAGUCAUGGGGACCAAAUGAACGCAGCUACAGGCCAAAUCUAUGGAAAAGGAUGUCCUUCCAUGUGAAGAAAAAGGACCCAGUCGAGGUGAAUCAGACGGCUAUCAUCAAGCCCUUCUCUAAAGGAGGAGAAACACCAGAAGACAGCGUCAAAGAGCUGUAUGAAGAGCCACAAGUGUCCCAGUCUUUCAGCUGCUCGCCCUCUCAGUCACCCCUACCAAACAUCAGCGCACACGCAUCAAAAGCAAAGGGUCUGAAGGGGGAGGAGGGCAGCGAGGAGGUGCAAGUUUUCCCCACGUAUGUACCUGAGCACGCUCCUGGCGUCAGACGAAGAGGCGGAGACAACAGCCAGGUUUCGGUUGUGAUGGASGGCGGGGACAUUAGCAUCAUCAGCGUGGGGGACAUCGGCCAGACUCAGGGUACCACCAUCAUGGACCAAAUCAGCAGCGUGGUCAAUCGCUUCACUGCCAACAUCAGCGAGCUGAACACCAUGAUGCUGCCAGGAGGAGCCAUUGUCGGCYCCCCCUCCUCCACCGCCCUGCCCGCUGCUGCUGCUGCUGCGGACACGCCGCUGUGUCCACCUCAGCAUCUCAACCAUCACGCCCCCUCCACGGUCACCACACACGCCGAGGUGACCUCGGUCUCCAGUUUCUGUGAGAAUCGACCAGCAGCUAAGAUUUAUGAGCAUCUGGCGGGGACUUGUGUGAGCGGCAGGCGAGCCAAGAACGCAGAGGAGCUGAUGGCUCUGACACCUCCCUCUCCGUUCAGAGACUCGUCUCUGAGCUCUGAAGGCAGCUCUCCCCCCUCCCUGUCCCCAGCAUCUGAGGCUGAGUAUAACCAGCUGCUCAGACACUACAGCCAGAGCUCCUCUUCYCUUUAAACCUGCUUUUAUCGAAGUAUUCAUCCUUUAAUUGAAGUCUGUAAGACAAACCCUCAGACAUGGAAAGAAAACCUUUUGAUGCCUUUUUAKCAUGUGGAUAUUUUGGAUGUUUAAACAGUUUUUGAGAAAACAAUCUUUUAAGUGGGACAUGAUAUUUCAAAGAACAAAGACACAAGAAUUUGUGGCAAAGCUGCAAAUAUUAAAGACCCCCCCAAAAAGGAACUAAAGGCUACUUUUUUAAUUCAACUGAAGACUCAUACUCUGCUGAUACUCAAACAAACUACAGAAAAAUCCAAAGAAAASAAAUAAGGAGCAUUUUAUCAAAUCAUAACAUGAGGUGGGAUUUAAAUUAACACCUUUAUCUGUUUUUCUUUUGAUUAUAUUUAAAUAACAAAUGAAGCCCAAACAUAUCUGGAUAUAAUCAAAUAUACAGAUUAUUGUAAUCUUAGAUGUUUUUCAUCUAUUUUUAUCAUAGGAAGAAUAAUUUUUAUUUUAUCACUUGCUGUAAAYAUUAUUUAUCUUAUGUGCUUUUGGUUUUGAUCCAUCUCAAAUACUCAAGUUGAAAGGAUAUCAGCACAUCAUUUAAGCAAAGAACAGCUCAAAUAAUAGAUUUGAUAGUUUUUAUUUACCAGUCCACCAAUUAGCUGGCACAUAUGGGAGAGCCUUUGUAUAUUCUGCUGCUCAAGAGGAAAAAAAUGGACAGUUACUGUUAAAUGUGGUGCGAUUUAUUUCUUCUGUGCGGGAAAAGAACAAAAGCAGGAGGAAUCUUCUUAUCUUAAUAAAAUAUGUUGCAUCUCUGAGGAAUAUAAGGACACAAUCAUCAGGUACUGCAAAGAGCUUAAGGACAACUUGGAUGUUUUCUUCAUUCCUUUUAUCUGUGGGUGACUUGGAUGAAUGAAUGUACAAAAAACUUGGACCAAGACAGAAGAAGAAACUAUCCAUCUCAGGAUGUUUUUUGAACUAAAAUGUGUUCCUUUCCGAGCGCUGUUAUGCGGCUCCACAAAAUGUUUCCACUUUGCAUGAUGUAAAGAUUUGUUUGUACCCUGAAGUAUUUUUUUAAGUUGUAAUGUCAAACCUCUUGGAUUAACAGUAGCAAGGAUAUGGUAGGUUUAAGGGUUUUUAUUUUGACAAAUGUUUUUUGCCUGUUUUUAACUUAAAUACUGUAUGUGCCAGAGUUUUUUUGUAGUAAAUAGUUUUCUUAAAGGUCACACUAAAAACCCAACUGUGAGCCUGUUUAAAUUUAUUUUAACUUUUGCUGGAAUGUUUCAGUUCACUCAAGCUUCUGAUUUUUUUUUU